GGGCAGGACGGAAACCGAGGAGGGACACGCCGAGUUGAGCGGAGCGGGCGGCGAUGGGCGACUCCAAAGUGAAGGUGGCGGUGCGCGUCCGCCCCCAAAACCGACGCGAGCUUGAUCUGCAUACAAAAUGCGUGGUGGAUGUGGAGGCGAACAAGGUUAUUCUUCACCCAGUAAACACCAACCUUUCAAAAGGAGAUGCCAGGAACCAACCAAAGGUGUUUGCUUACGAUCACUGUUUCUGGUCUAUGGAUGAAUCUGUCAAAGAAAAAUAUGCAGGUCAAGAUGUUGUUUUCAAGUGCCUUGGAGAGAAUAUUCUUCAGAAUGCCUUCGAAGGUUACAACGCAUGCAUCUUUGCCUAUGGGCAGACGGGAUCUGGAAAAUCGUACACGAUGAUGGGUACUGCUGACCAGCCUGGAUUAAUCCCUCGACUCUGCAGCGGACUCUUUGAAAGGGCACAGAAAGAGGAAAAUGAAGAACAGAGUUUCAAGGUGGAAGUGUCUUACAUGGAAAUUUACAAUGAGAAAGUUCGAGAUCUCCUUGACCCCAAAGGAAGUCGGCAGUCACUGAAAGUGAGAGAACAUAAUGUCUUUGGUCCUUAUGUCGAUGGACUUUCUAAACUGGCUGUUGCUUGCUACAAGGACAUAGAGUCGCUGAUGUCUGAGGGUAACAAAUCCCGGACGGUAGCUGCCACCAACAUGAAUGAGGAGAGCAGUCGGUCCCACGCAGUCUUCAAGAUCACGCUCACGCACACCCUGUAUGACGUGCAAUCGGGGACAUCAGGUGAGAAGGUGGGCAAGCUGAGUCUGGUGGACUUGGCAGGCAGUGAAAGAGCGACUAAGACGGGAGCUGCAGGUGACAGGCUGAAGGAAGGAAGCAACAUUAACAAGUCCCUCACAACCCUUGGGCUGGUGAUUUCUGCCCUAGCUGAUCAAGCUGCUGGCAAGAACAAGAACAAAUUUGUUCCCUAUCGUGAUUCUGUGCUCACUUGGUUACUUAAAGACAGCCUUGGUGGUAACAGCAAGACCGCCAUGGUAGCAACCGUCAGCCCAGCAGCAGAUAAUUACGAUGAGACGCUCUCCACGCUGAGAUACGCAGAUCGGGCCAAAAACAUCGUUAACCAUGCUGUGGUGAACGAAGAUCCAAAUGCCCGCAUCAUCCGGGAGCUCAGGGAGGAGGUGGAGAAACUCCGGGAACAGCUCACCAAGGCAGAGGCUAUGAAAUCGCCAGAACUCAAGGACCGCUUGGAGGAAUCUGAAAAACUGAUCCAGGAAAUGACUGUGACCUGGGAAGAGAAAUUAAGAAAAACAGAGGAGAUAGCACAGGAGCGUCAGAAACAGCUGGAAAGCCUUGGCAUAUCUCUUCAGUCUUCUGGAAUCAAAGUAGGGGACAACAAGUGUUUCCUGGUUAAUUUAAACGCAGAUCCUGCUCUCAACGAACUUCUGGUCUACUACUUAAAGGAGCACACACUAAUUGGGUCAGCUGACUCCCAAGAUAUCCAGUUAUGUGGAAUGGGAAUUCUUCCUGAACAUUGCAUCAUAGACAUCACCUCGGAAGGACAGGUUAUGCUGACACCUCAGAAGAAUACCAGAACAUUUGUAAACGGUUCUGCUGUUAUGGGUCCUACACAGCUACACCACGGAGACCGAAUACUGUGGGGGAACAACCACUUCUUCAGGUUGAACUUGCCAAAAAAGAAAAAGAAGGUGGAACAUGAGGAUGAAGAGCGAGAUAACUCUAUGAAGUGCAGCAAUAGCAUUGAGCAGCUAGAUGCAGAUGGAGACAACUCCAGCGAAGUGUCCAGUGAGAUUAAUUUCAGCUAUGAGUAUGCCCAGAUGGAAGUCACCAUGAAGGCACUCGGUAGCAAUGAUCCAAUGCAGUCAAUCUUGCAGAGCCUGGAGCAGCAGCAUGAAGAGGAGAAGCGGUCCGCUCUUGAGCGGCAGAGAUUAAUGUACGAGCAUGAACUAGAGCAGCUGCGAAGGCGACUCUCUCCUGAAAAACAACAUUUCCGCAGCAUGGAGAGGUUCUCUUUCCAUUCCCCCAAUGCCCAGCAACGCUUACGGCAGUGGGCAGAAGAGAGAGAAGAAAUGUUGAACCAGAGCCUGCGAAAGCUGAGAGAACAAAUUGUAAAAGCCAAUUUAUAUGUGAGAGAAGCCAAUUUCAUUGCCGAGGAGUUGGACAAGAGAACAGAGUAUAAAGUCACUUUGCAAAUCCCAGCUUCAAGCCUUAACGCGAACAGAAAGCGAGGUGCGAUUCUCAGUGAGCCUGCUAUUCAGGUGAGGAGGAAAGGGAAAGGCAAACAGAUCUGGUCACUGGAGAAACUGGAAAACCGACUAGUGGAUAUGAGGGAUCUUUAUCAGGAGUGGAAAGAGUGCGAGGAGGACAACCCAAUGAUGAGAGCUUACUUCAGGCGAGCGGAUCCAUUCUAUGACGAGCAGGAAAACCACAGCCUCAUUGGAGUGGCCAAUGUUUUCCUCGAGUCCCUGUUUUAUGACGUGAAGCUGCAGUAUGCUGUUCCAAUCAUCAACCAAAAGGGAGAGGUGUCAGGUCGUCUUCACGUUGAAGUUGUGCGAGUGAGCGGAGAGAUUGAGGACAGAAUUGUAGGAGGUGAAGAUAGCACAGACUAUUCAAGUGACAGUGACACCCAGGAGAAAAAACUGGUCUGCAUGAUUAAAAUACUUCAGGCUACAGGUUUGCCUCAGCAUCUCUCCAACUUUGUGUUCUGCAAGUACACCUUCUGGGAUCAGUCGGAGCCAGUUAUGGUUGUCCCUGAGGUGGAUCCCUCCUUAUCUGCGACCUACAAGGAGCCGCGGUGCAUGGUUGUCUUCGAUCACUGCAAUGAGUUUUCUGUGAACAUUUCUGAAGACUUCAUGGAGCAUCUCUAUGAAGGUGCUUUGGCAAUAGAAGUUUAUGGUCACAAACAGAGCGAUCCUCGGAAAAACCCAGCCCUAUGGGAUUUGGGAAUAAUUCAAGCCAAAACACGAAGUCUUCGUGACAGGUGGAGUGAGGUAACCCGAAAGGUGGAGCUGUGGGUUCAGAUUCUGGAACUUAAUGAGAAUGGGGAGUACUGUCCAGUUGAGGUGAUUCCUGCCAGAGAAGUGUGUACUGGUGGCAUCUUCCAGCUCAGACAGGGGCAGUCACGGCGAAUCCAGAUUGCAGUGAAGUCUGUGCAGGAGUCCGGGACUUUGCCUCUCAUGGAAGAAUCCAUCUUAUCUGUUGGCAUUGGCUGCGUUCAAAUAAGACAUGCCAAGUCACAGAAAGCUCAUGAAAAUCAUCAGGAAGAAGACGACGAUAUGGACAGUUACCAGGACAGGGACUUGGAGAGACUGCGUCGGAAAUGGCUGAGCGCGUUGACAAAACGACAGGAGUACCUAGACCAACAGCUGCAAAAGCUCGUCAGCAAACCUGAUAAAACAGAAGAUGAUGCAGAUCGGGAGGCCCAGCUUUUAGAGAUGAGGCUAACCCUUACUGAGGAGAGGAACGCUGUAAUGGUUCCUUCGGCCGGCAGUGGGAUCCCGGGAGCUCCAGCUGAGUGGACUCCAGUGCCUGGUAUGGAGACUCAUAUUCCUGUUAUCUUCCUUGACUUAAAUGCGGAUGAUUUCAGUUCUCAGGAUAACCUCGAUGACCCAGAAGCUGGUGGAUGGGAUGCAACUCUUGUAGGAGAAGAGGAAGAAGAGUUCUUUGAACUGCAAAUUGUAAAACACCACGAUAGUGAGGUGAAUGCAGAAGCCUCAUGGGACUCCACAGUCCAUAACUGUGUUCAGCUCAGUAAAGGAACAGCAACAGAUGAAAGAGUUUUCCUUAUAGUGAGAGUGACUGUCCAGCUCAGUCAUCCUGCAGAAAUGCAGCUGGUGCUGCGCAAACGCAUCUGCGUUAAUGUCUAUGGCCGACAGGGUUUUGCACAGAGCUUCCUGAGAAGAAUGUCUCCCCGAAGUACCAUUCCCGGCUGCGGCGUGAUCUUUGAGAUCGUCUCAAAUAUUCCAGAGGAUGCUCAGGGCGCCGAAGAGCGGGAAGCGCUAGCCAGAAUGGCCGCCAAUGUUGAAGAUGCAGCAUCCGCUGACUCGGUAGCCUAUAUUGAGAAAUACCUGCGGAGCGUGCUGGCCGUGGAGAACAUUCUCACCCUGGAUCGCCUGCGCCAGGAGGUUGCAGUGAAGGAGCAGCUAAUGGGCAAAGGAAAACUGUACAGGAGGAGCCUGAGCUCUCCCAACGUCAAUCGGCUCUCUGGAAGCCGUCAAGAUUUAGCUCCUCCGUAUAACCUUAGCAGUCACAAGAGCCGAUGGGAAAGCCAGCAAGACGUAUCCCAAACUUCGACAUAUUCCAGUCGCGGGAUGACCCCACCUCGUACCUCUUUGCCCAGCCCUGUUCAGCAAAACCAUUCUCCAGACCCAGGACUCAGUAGUUUGGCUGCCUCCUACCUGAAUCCAGUAAAAUCCUUCGUGCCUCAGAUGCCAAAGCUGCUUAAGUCUCUCUUUCCUGUGAGAGAGGACAAAAAGGCCAGGCAACCCUCUCCUCUUGCACAGCAGCCUGUUCCACGAAUCAUGGUGCAGUCUGCCAGCGUCGAUGCCAGCGCUGUGAAGGUAAAGCAGACUAACCAGGAGGAAGGGGGGAAGCAACCGUUCGAAGCGGCCGUGCAAUCUGCAGAGGCAGAGAAGGACCAGGAAAAGACGCCCAAAGUGCCUUCGCAGCAGCAUACCACAGACUUCCAGGCACAGGACUCCCAAGAGGGGCCUCCAAGUCCCCUGAGCGAAGCCUCUAGCGGUUACUUUUCUCACAGCGUUUCGACAGCCACCCUUUCCGAGGCGCUCGCUGCAGGGAGCGAUGUAAUCAUUCAGGCGGGUGGUCAGACACCGACAGCGAGUGACCUGUCACCUCCCGUCCCCAUCGCUCCAGCGACGACUGCUGCUGCUGACGUGCCAGGGCAGACGGACACCGCAAACUGCCCCGCUGUUAAGAGAGAGACUGUAGCCACUUCUGAGCUGAAAACUGCCCAUGUAAGGUCUAAGGACAAUAACGAAGUGAACGGUAACGAUGGCCUAAAAUCCAAAUCCUUAGUCUCGCCUAUGACUCGGAGCGAACAGCCGAAUGAUGCCUCCUUACCCACCGAUGCAAAAACCUACUUUUCUACCUCCACCCCAAAGAAGGAGCUGUUGCCCAAACAGCCAGUGACUUCACCAGCUGUGGAGUCAGUGGGGCAAGCUACCAGGAGAAAGGACCACACAAAGCCAGCCCCCGUUUCAGAAUCGGGAGGCACCAGACCACAACUGCAGCCCGACCUCUCGUCCCAGCCCAGCACCACGGCGUCUCCAUUCAAAAUCCAGAAAGUCAGGACAUCUGAGCUGAAGUCAUUCAGCAGCAUGCUGGGGGGAGACUCGGCUUGCUUGUUGAGCCCAGAGGAGCAGAAGGAGGGAGAGACGAGCAGGCCAGCUUCUCAAGGGUCAAGCCACAAUGGUGCAGAGCUGGCAGACGAAAAACUGGAAGUGACUUCCGAUUCUGAAGAUGCCAAUGAAAUCCCAGAUUGGCUGAAAGAGGGGGAAUACGUCACGGUCGGCACAAAUAAGACGGGCACCGUUCGAUACGUUGGCCCAACUGACUUUCAAGAGGGAAUGUGGGUUGGUGUGGAACUAGAUUUGCCUUCAGGUAAGAACGACGGCUCCAUUGGGGGAAAGCAGUACUUCAAGUGCAACCCGGGCUACGGGCUCCUCGUGAAACCAAGCAGAGUGAAAAAAGCCACGGGAGCAGCCAGGCGGCGGAGCGCCGGUCUGAGGCUGCAAGGGGGAGCGACGUCGGAGAACCGCAAGAGCGGCAAUUUCUCGGGUUCGGCCUCCAACCUGGCUUCCCUGACGGCCCUGGCCAAGUCGGAAGCAGCACCUGCCCUUCGACCAGAGAAGAUGCAGAAGAAUACAGAGAACAGGAAAUCUUGGGCUAACUGAAAGAGGACCGCAGGCCACACAGCCUCGGGCGAAACGGCACACGGACAACGGGCUCGACUCGGCUACGCUGGCAGUGCGAAACCAGCCUUGGUAACCUUCUCGUUUGUGGCAAACACUAAUGGAGGAACUUACCGUUCCCUGCUUGGGUGCUUGACCUGCUAAAUCUUUGCCUGGUCGUGGUGAUCAAUCUACAUGUUUAAGCUCCUUGCGAGAAUUAUGACACUUCGGCGUGUGGCUUAUUUCAAACAAUGAAAGUUUGUAUGUGUGUGUUUGCACGUGUAUGUGUGUGUGUAAACAGUGCUGCUGAUCGGCCCGUCGCAGAGCAAAGGGCAAAAUGAGUUAUUCGAAGUUUAUACGAAGUUAUACUAUCUAUGAAGUAGCGAGCGAGUUUCCAGCAGCUAUAAAAUAUCGAUCAGGCUUAUUUACCCAGCUAUAACAUGAUACCGUACUGCUUGAAACGAGGUUGGCCGUUCUAAAUGCAGCAUGCAGGGCUCCAUCUUCCAGGGCUGGAAGAGCGGUGUCUGUAUGGGGCAGUAGCGAGGACCAGGAAUGGUUGUAAGGACUUCAGAUUGGCCAAGAAGGAAACUUAAAACUUAACUUUUUCUUAACGCGACCUAGAACGGGUGCCUGUUUCUAAUCAAGAUCUAACAUCUCUGCUCCUAUUGAAGCCAACGGGAGUUUUUUGUAGCUGACUCCAGUGGGAGUGAGAUUUAAGCCUUUAAUUCUAAUCCCACCUUCUCGGUGACUUUUGAUCCUGUUUUCAAAUGCGUAUUCAAGUGUCGUUAAAUAGGCGUAAACUAGUUAGCAUUUUUGCUACAUGACAGAAUCUCUUUGCCUCUCCCUCCCUGUCCAGGGGCGCUCUGGGAUCUUGCUUUCCUUGUUUCUCCAGUUUUGCCCCUUGGAUAUUUGCAAAGACAUCAGCGUGCUCUCGGGCGCCUCGGCGUUUGGGAAAGCUGGUCCCGAUUCUGUCUGUACUGAUCUACUAGUGACAUGCUGCCCACCCCAUAAGACAGGCUGGGCUCCCUGCACAGCUUUAUAAUGUUGGAGAAUUAUUGUUCUCUAACUACAUGACCCAGUGGUAUUUAUUUUUAUUUAUUUUUAUUUUUUUUAAGAGAAUAAAAUACUUGCGCUUUACAAUCAUCGGUUGCCAGUCGUUGCACAGAGGAGCUCUACUUACUUCUGUCUACAGUCACCUUCUCCCUCACCAUCGAUUUGUUCCUAAAAUCACUUUUUUGACAUGUUCUGCCUCGAAAUGAAUAACUGAAGUGGUGGGGGGGAAGGUGAGGGGCAAGGGGAGAGCGUGUUAGGACUGGCUUUCAUUCUUUAAACUUGAAUUUAUUUUGAAUCACUUUUCUUGGUAUUUAACUUCCCGUGGUGUGUAUAUAUAUAUUUUUUUCUAAUCAAUUCGGUAAAGUUUAAAACCCCGUAAGACUGAAAUAUUCCCAGCUGCUUAUGUUUUGUUUGUAAACCGGACGUCUCGAGCAACAGAUGUCCGUAAUCCUCUGCGAGGAAGGUUCAGGAUUCAAGACUGAUGAUUAAACCUUAAUGCGGACGUAUCCAGCCUCUGUCCAAGCCGCACAUGUGUGUCUAAGUGCCUUAGCCAUCUGGUUCGGGGGUCCAAGGGAAAGAGACAUUGUCAUCAGAGGAGGUAAGAGAUGCUUAGCGAAGGAGACGAUUAUGCUGAUUGACUGUAAUUAAUAUAAUUUAUGCAGAAGGAAUAAAAUUAAAAUAGAAACUAAUCAGUCGUUGAAAUUAAAAAAAAAAAAAAAAAAGGAAUGGGUCAGAAUACAGCUCUCAGAUUCGUAGGACUGUCAAGCGUCCCAACUUUCCUUGUGGAAAGUACUUUUAAUUAUUAUUAUUUUAACUAGUCCCAUGAUUGGAAGGCAGUGUCGUGACCAGUCGAAUCCCUUCCUGACGCCUAAGAUUUGCCUUUUGGAAAGACUUUCAGAUGACUUUUUAGCAGGUCUGGUUGGCUGCUUUCACCAAGCCCGAGUGAAAGGAUCAGGUGGUGGGGUGUAUUUCACAGUUUAUUUUCCCUGCCAUCCAUUCCAGCGUAGCCCGUGUUCACACUCAUCACGUGCACACUCCAUCAUGUGUACAGACAUGAUUAAAUGUUUUCAGGAGCAGGGUGGAGGCUAGAAAGUCUGGCAGCUUCCAGGAGCUUGCCUUGGUUAUCCUAACUAGUUAUGGACAGGAUAUCCGUUUCCCUAAUCGUAGAAAAUUGGGGUUGGAAGGGAACUCAGGAGGUCAGCUGAGAUGAUAUGGGCGCUAUCCAGUAUUGCGUGCUAUAGAGUAGCAGGGUAGGGCUAACGGUGUUCAGGGAAAAUAAUCCCUGUCUUUUCUGAGAUAAAUUGUGCUGUUGCUCUUAUAUUUCUGCUAAAUUAGACGAGGCCUUCCCUUCAUUAGGAAAGCACAGAAAUCGUGGUGCUGUGUUUAAUGAAGGAACGCACGGGCCUCGUCACAUGGUCAGGGUGGCAUCCCGGCUCCAGUGAAACCUCUUACCAGCAUUUCAGUGUGUCUCAAUUUUCAUCGCACAGGGCACGUCUACACGUUCGUUAAUGCGCCAUAAUUACAGCGCAGUAGCUUAGCACAGCUACCAACAGGCGCUAACUGAAUGCGUCAUAAUCAGCGCUACUGCGCAUUAAUGCAAACGAAUGCUUUUUUGUGAUGCUUAAUGCUCAGUGGACUAAUCUACUGCACAUUAGCUCGGUUUUUGCCAGCUAGAAUUAGUCCAGUGCUCAUUCAGCGUCUCGUGUAGACGCGCCCACAGACACUUCAUUGCAUUUUUAACUAACCCUCCGCUCCGACUCCGUCCCAACCCUUCCCAAUUGAAUUGCAGUUUUCUUACAUAUCAUUUCAGUCUGUGCCUCUGGUGUUUUAAACUCAAAAAACGCCCCCCAAAUAAACCCCCCAAAGCCCCUACCAUGGUGUGCUCUUACCAGAAGCUCUCAAACUCCAUUAUCUUCCUCCUAUCGACAUGCCUAAAGAUGCUUCUUAAAUCUCAUUACAGUGAGUAUGCAGGUCCCUUUUAUUCAAAGCAGUUUGAGGUCAGGUUGCUGUCCUCCGCUAUCGCAUUUGCCAGCCAGACCCAAGACAAUUAGUUGCAAGUUCACGAAAGCAAUACUAAUAAUAAAAAAAAAUCCUUCUGGAAAAAAUCCUGGAGAAACUUUAGGCCUGCGUUGGCGGCAGCUUGGCUUUUUAGCUAGAACAGUCCAGCAGCUGAGACCGGUGCAUCUCUAACGAUGCACUUUUCUUUGCAAGAUUUUUUUUCGUGCACUUUACGCAGGAAAACGUUUUGACUCCUGUAUUAAAAACCCCGUAGUAACGGCUCUAACGUGUCUGCACCGGUUUUUUUACGUUUUCUUUUUUUAAAUCGACUCGAUCCGGUUGCAAUGGCUGAGUCUCUAGGAAUAGGAAAUCGUGCGUGGUUUCAAAGUGAGUAGAAAAUGUGCUGGUCUGAACGCAUGUUACCCGCUCUGUAAUUCCACGUAUUUGCCCGUGGUACAAGGUUUUUGUGAAGUUGAGACGUGGUGGUUUGUCCCGAGGCAGCCAAAAGUAUCCUUCCUCGUGUUUUUUUCUUCUAAGCAAAGCCAAGCGUUUCCUCUGCGUUGUUCAGAAGAUCCCACGGCAGUCCCACGGUGUCUUGACCCUUCCUUUGCUGAAAUACCGCCUUUGGCUUCCUGAGGGGCCUUGGUUCACGGUUACGGUUGUACGUGGUCUAGUCUAGCAGCAGGACAGCCGGGUCAGCCGUGGUGACAGUGCUGCACGUGGGACCGUCUGAGGAAAACAAAUGCACUUGGGCUUGGCUUGGAAACAGUUAGCACCCCUCUCCUUUCCUGCCACGGAUCGAGGAUCCACGGUUGUUGCGGAUCAGACGUGAGCGGUUACAUGACGUACGCUGUUCGUGAAGACCUGUUCAUAGGGCAGCAGGGUCCUCGGGGCUUCCUCGAGCUCGCGUUGCUGUUCUCUGGUACUGUCGACUCUUCUUUGCACAAAACUAUGUAUUUGAACAGUGCCUUAUCCCUGGGCCACGUCCCCCGUACCUGUAUCCCUCGUACCUGGGCCUGGCCUGGCCUGAAGUCUUCGGGCUUUUGCUUUCCUGUCAUUUUAGUUCAGCGUUAUAAGUGUAGGCGGUUCACACUACAGAGUGCAAACGGCUUGAUGGCGGGGACGACAACCAAUAAGUGUCCCGAUUUCUCGCCUCCUGGUAACCCCCCCCCCGCACACGUGUGCACCCCCCCCCCCACACACACACACACACCUCUCCUCCCAAAGAAAACCUCAGCUGGCGUUCAGAGACGCACUUCUCCUGUGAUGUGGCUGUGUCUAAUUACCAUGAAUCCUGGUUUUCUCUGAUUAAAAAAAAAAAAUCCCAAAUUUUCUGAUUUGAAAAAGUAACCCAAAAUCCACAAUUUUCCAUGAUUAAAAUGAAAUGCCACUUAUAUAUGUGUGUGUGUGUGUGUGUGUGUGUGUAUAUGCAUUGUGUGUGUGUGUGUAUAUGCGUGUGUGUGUGUGCUUAUAUCUGUGUGUGUAUAUGUAUAUAUAAUAGUAUAUGUGCGCGCGUUUGUGUGUGUGGUGUUUCAUUUUAAUCAUGGAAGAAUGUGGAUUUUGGGUUACUUGUUUAAAUCAGAAAAUUUGGGAUUUUUAUUAUCAGAGAAAACCAGGAUCCCUGCUCAUUGGCAGCUGUGAGGUGCCUCUGACAUCCCAGCACACCUCCGGGGCCACCCCCAAAGCAGCUCCCUGGACCCCUCGUGUUGAACGGCCGAACGAAACGGGUGGAGGGAGGCGGCGGGGCCCAGCGGGGGACUUGCACACCCCUCGCACUGUCCUGGCGGAGGCGUGUGUGUCACACAUCAGCCCCCACUUCCUUCCCACCCCCCAGGACCAAGCUUGGAGCACACCUGCAUGAUGGCAGCACGUCUGCACACACGCUCCAACCCCCCAAAAUGUCCCAGGUCAUCCCCAGCGACUGCUGUCAAGCACAUCAGAGACUACCGGGGUGGUGCGCGGGGUGCCAGAGGGGCACCCCGGCGUGGUCUCACCUGUGUGCAUCUGCCCAGUCCUAGAGCGCCGCUUCGGCGAGGGCACAGGGACGUGGCACAGGGAAGUACUAGACAUAUCUGAGUAGGAGGGAAAGACCUUUCUGCAACCGCUUCCUUAAUGCGAGGACCGUGUCUCUGUAGUGGGAGAGCGCAUUAGGUGCCGUUCUGCCCCUCGCGCUAAGCGUGAACACACGAGCCAUACUCUCAGCAAUAAUACCAGGUUAUGAAUUCAAAAGCUACUGCCGCACUUCAGGCGUGGCCGAAGGCAGUCAGUUUUCAGCAUCGCUCCUCCCGACACAGCGCGCGGUAGUAGCUACCGAACGCAAGCCCUGGCGGCGUGUGAGGUUCAACGUACCUUCGGGCUUGAUCUUCAACACUAAUGAUUGCAAUGUCGCGGGGGGCUUCGGAAACACGUCUCUUCGGUUGAUUUGUUUUGUUCUGUAAAUGUCGUGGGUCUGUAUAUAAAGAGUGGCGAUUUAGACUGUGGUUUCAAGCGUUGAUUUGAUGUACUUUUAAAUGAGCUAAAAUCCAAAGAUACUUUGUAAUGAGCUGUAAAGUUUUUAAUGAUUUGUUGUACAAUACUAAACGCCUGUGAUAUUGUAUCAUCCGUUCGGUGUGACCCGCAGUAUCUAAAUAAACUCCUCCUCCAGAACGAAAGAA